AUGUCUACUCAUUCAACUCCAUAUUCUUCCGUCUCGACACCGGCAACCCUAGUUCACGACGGUGCUAUUCACGAUUUCGAAGGUCUUCGUCACGAAUACCAAACCCCACCGGCAUCCAUAAUGUCCAACUCAGAACAUCUACUCGUAUGUACAGCAUGCGGUACACAGUUUGAUGCCGAAGAACGCUCGAUUCUUACCAGAUGUCGAAUAUGCGAUGAUCCACGACAAUUUGUGCCACCUAGUGGUCAAGCAUUCACUACACUUGCGGCUUUGAAAGCUGGGGGUCAAUAUAAGAAUCAAUGGAAACAAUUUGAUGACGAUGAUCGAUUUUGGAAUAUAUGGACUGAACCUAAAUUUGCCAUAGGACAACGAGCGGUUCUUAUCAAGACACCGCUUGGGAAUGUGCUGUGGGAUUGUAUAACUUACCUGGAUGAUGAGACUGUGGACUGGAUUCAUGGGUUGGGUGGAUUAGCAGCCAUUGUGAUAUCUCAUCCGCAUUAUUAUACUACACAUUUGGAUUGGGCAGAGACAUUCGAUUGCCCUGUCUAUCUGAGUUGGGAGGAUAAGAGCUGGUUGAACCGACUUGAUAGAAUGGGAAAAGCUAGAACAUUUAUUGAGGGAAAAGAAGAGGAGCUUGAGAUACAAGGUGAGAAGACUGGUGUUAAGAUGUUGAAGCUCGGUGGUCAUUUUCCAGGAAGCUUGGUUUGUCUUGCUCAUGAAAGAUUAUUGGUAGCGGAUACUCUGGUAACCACACCAAGUGCAUUGGGAGAUUGGAGUAAAGGUCCUGGAGGAGGAAAAAAUACAAGACCGGAUGGAAUGAAUAGUUAUGCUUUCAUGUGGAGUAUUCCUAACAUGAUACCCCUAAGUGCGGACGAAGUAGCUGGGAUGUGGGAGGUACUGAAACCUCAUGGCUUCUCAAGUACACAUGGAGCUUUCGUAGGGACGGAUGUGGUUGAUGGUAGUAACGGAAGCAAGAAAGGGGUUAAACAGAGAGUACUUGAAAGUAUGCAAAUCCAAGUGAGGAGGAUGGGUUGGAACAGCCAUGUCUUCUUGAAAGAGAAUCUGGAUGAACAGGAAGAAUAG